AUGCCUACUGCAGGCAGCGCGCCUAUACCUACUGCAGGCAGCGUGCCUAUGCUUACUGCAGGCAGCGCGCCCAUACCUACUGCAGGCGACGUGCCUAUGCCUGCUGCAGGCGGCGUGCCUAUGCCUACUGCAGGCGGCGUGCCUAUGCCUACUGCAGGCAGCGCGUCUAUGCCUACUGCAGGCAGCGUGCCUAUGCUUACUGCAGGCGACACGCCUAUGCCUACUGCAGGCAGCGUGCCUAUGCCUACUGCAGGCAGCGUGCCUAUGCCUACUGCAGGCAGUGUGCCUAUGCCUACUGCAGGCAGCGUGCCUAUGCCUACUGCAGGCAGUGUGCCUAUGCCUACUGCAGGCAGCGUGCCUAUGCCUACUGCAGGCAGCGCGCCUAUGCCUACUGCAGGCGACGCGCCUAUGCCUACUGCAGGCGACGCGCCUAUGCCUACUGCAGGCGACGCGCCUAUGCCUAAUGCAGGCGACGCGCCUAUGCCUGCGUCGAAUGUUUCAGAGGCUGUCAGAUUCAGGAAGAAUUUCAGGAUGUGCAAUUUAGAACAGUAA